AUGGAGAAGUUGGCGCCAGACUCGUCGGCCUUUCCGCCACCAUUGCCUCCAUGGGCACAACUGCGCCAUGGCCGACUGCGAUCGACCGGCAAACGACGUCUUGCGCGCUUUGCAGCAGGCGUCCUGGGUCUCUUCGCGGUGCGCCACCUGACGAGAAACGGCCUCACCUUUCUAGAUAUUGGCUCGGAGCACUGCAGUGAUACCAAAGAGACAUUUCCCUAUGGACGCUUCCCGCAAGCAGACGAUCCUUUCCGCUUCCAACCGUGCACCAACCGGACGCGGCCACCAGCGCUAGACGAUGGCGAGCCGGACAAGAGCUGGGCCGGGCUCUACGAACCGGACCCGUCGCACUGGAGCUGGGGCAACCGGACGGAAAGCGAUAAUGACAGCAGCAACCUGGAUCCGUAUGCCGGCCGGGGCAUCUAUCUGUGCGGCUAUCUGGACGUACCACUGGACUGGACGAACGCGACGGACAGCCGGAUCACGCGCCUGGCCGUGACCAAGUUCCAGGUGUCGGGGCUGGCGCGGGCAGCUGAUGGCUCGGGCACGAGCAGCGACCGCGGCGGGCGCAGCGAGCGGACGAUUGUGGUGGAGCCGGGCGGACCGGGUGGCAGCGGGACGGGGUACGUGUGGCGGAUGGGUGAGCGGCUGUCGGCGCGACUGUCCGGUGGUCAGCUCGACGUGCUCGGCUGGGAUCCGCGAGGGGUCAACGCGACGCAGCCGGCGGCGGCUUGCUUUCCAUACGACGCGGACCGGGACCGGUGGUGGCAGCUGACGCACCGAUACCGGGAGGUGGCUGGCAAAGAGACGGCCGGACAGCUGGCCGUGGCCGACGCCAUGUACGCGGCGACGAUGCGGGCUUGCCGGCAGACACUCGGCGACCUCGGCCGGUUUGUGGGGACGGCGAUGGUGGCACGUGACCUGGACGCCGUGCGCGCCGCACUGGCCGAACCCCAGCUGACCGGCUACCUCGUCAGCUAUGGCACUGGCAUUGGGCAGACGUACGCGAACCUGUUUCCGCACCGCGUCGGCCGCGUCAUCCUAGACGGCACCGAGUUCGUGCCCGACGAAUGGCAGCUCGGUGGCUUCGGCUGGGCCUCGCUCGACAAUGUGACCCAUGCUUGGCGCGACGGCUUCCUCGGCGAAUGUCUCGCUGCCGGACCUCAACACUGCGCUCUCGCUCGGCCAGGCCCUCGCAGCGUCGGCAGCUUCCCGCCUACGGUCGACGCUCUUGAACACCGUAUGGCUCGCCUCUUUGACGAUCCACGCACCUGGCCACACGUCGCCCAAAUGCUCUUCGACCUCGAGUACGGCAACGCUACUAUCGCUGCCGCCCUUACCGACAACUUCGUCUGGCAGUACGACCCCAGCGUCCCCGCCUCCGGUCCCGAAACUUGUCCGACGGUGCCUGGCUCGGCCCCGGCUUCGGUCCCGGUCUCGGCCCCGAGCUCCGACGAGCUCGGCAUGCUUGUCAUCUGCGCCGACGCCUUUGACGCCCCCCAGCCCCCAGACGGCGUCCGCUGGUGGGACCGCCUCUGGGCCAACAUGACCCAGACCUCCUGGAUCUCUGGCAACUCGCGCUUCUACAACGUCCUGCCCUGUCGCCACUACUCUGACCACUGGCCUAAGCCCGCCGGCGUCUACCGAGGCCCCCUCAACCGCACCCUCGCCAAUCCGGUCUUGCUUGUCGCCGAGACCUACGACCCUGCUACUCCCUUGCGCAAUGGCCGCCGAUUGGCCGCCGCCAUGGGCCACCCAAACGCUCGCCUCGUCGUCCACCACGGCUACGGCCACUCGUCCAACGCUGACCCCUCCGACUGCACUGACACUGUCUUGCGUGACCUCAUCCUCCACGGCCGCAUCCCCGAAGACUCCGAGACGCCCUGCUACGCCAAUGAGAAGCCCUAUCUCUACGGCCUCGGCAAACAAGACUCGCCGUCCGAAGACCCCGUGGCCGUUUGGCAGGACCACAUGCGCGAGAUGAUGCUGUGGAACCCAGGCCUCAUGCGCCACGGCUCCUGA